CCCUCGCAUCCCCCACUGCCCACGGUGCUCCCGACGCCAGCGCCACUCCUCCCCGCUCCGCCGCUCGGCGUCCCCGGACCGCCGCCGGCAGAGACCGCGGGCUGGGAUGGGGCGGGGCGGGGCCGCCCCCGAGCCCGCGCGUGCGCACUGCCCCGGUUGGGAGGUGCGAGCCCUAGUUGAUGCUAGCCAUGGAAACCCAAGGCUGUUGAGGAGGCCCGACUGGGAGCCACCCGCAUCUGCCCGGAGCGCCCAGCACAGUUCUCUAAGUAAGAUGCGGUGCCCGGGAUACCCUCGCGUCGCCUCUGCCCGCCGCUGACUCCAGAUACUGCUGGUUUUGGAAAAGAUGUGACUUUGAGAAUACUCCUGGGUGGGAAGCAUGAGUCCAGAUGUCCCUCUGCUGAAUGACUACAAACAGGACUUCCUGCUGAAACGCUUUCCACAGACUGUUCUGGGAGGCCCUCGACUCAAACUAGGCUAUUGUGCCCCUCCUUACAUAUAUGUUAAUCAGAUUAUCCUGUUUCUGAUACCAUGGGUUUUAGGUGGGCUAGGAACACUUUUAUAUCAACUAGACAUCCUGAAAGACUACUCUGCAGCAGCCCUUUCGGGUAGCCUAAUGGUUCUCACUGCAUCUGUCAUUCAGCUCACAAGUUUAUAUGCCAGAAGCAAGUCAGUGAUGGUCAAAAGGAUGUUAACUGCAGAUAUUUUAGCAGAGGAAGAUGAGCACGAAUUUACAAGUUGUGCUGGUGCUGAGACUGUCAAGUUUCUAAUUCCUGGCAAGAAAUACGUAGCCAAUACGGUUUUGCAUUGCAUUGUUGCUGGGCUAGUGUGUGGUCUUGGAAUGUGGUACCUGCUCCCACACAGAGUAACCUUGCUGUAUGGCAGUCCCGGAGGUACUGCUGUGCUGUUUGUCUUUGGAUGGAUGACGCUGUGUAUAGGCGAGUACUCCUUAAUUGUAAACACGGCUACAGAGACUGCAACUUUCCAAACGCAGGAUACUUAUGAAAUCACUCCUCUCCUGAGACCGCUUUAUAUUUUUUGCUUUAUUUCUGUGGAUCUUGCACACAGAUUUAUUGUAAAUGUACCAGUUCUAGAACAGAUGAAUCAGAUUUUGCACAUCUUGUUUAUAUUUUUACCCUUUCUGUGGGCACUUGGGACUCUGCCCCCACCUGAUGCUCUUUUGUUAUGGGCAGUGGAGCAGGUUUUAGCGUUCGGCCUUGGCGGCUCAUCCAUGUCAACUCACCUACAGUUAUUGGUGAUGUUCACCAUUUCUGCUGGAACAGCUGUACUGUCGUACUUCAUUCCCAGCACCAUUGGUGUGGUUCUUUUCAUGACUGGACUUGGGUUCUUGCUGAGUCUUAAUCUAAGUGGCAUGCACUUAGUCUUCAAGCACUGCGUGGCCAGCCACAGAGUGGAAGGAAAAUCUAAGACUUUCCUUGGUGACUCGGACCAGCAGUUCGGGUGGAAGGAAUGCCUUCUCUACAGCAUUAUGUUCAGCUUGGCUCUCCUAGAGGCGGGUCUGCUGCAUCACUACUCCGGUUACUCACAGGUUUCCAAAAACUGCUCCCAGGCAAUCGUGGGCUAUAUGCUGAUGAUGUUGCUUUUAAUACUGUGGAUACUAAGAGAAAUUCAGAGCGUCUAUAUCUUUGGAAUUUUCCGAAACCCGUUCUACCCAAAGGAUGUGCAAGUUGUGACUGUAUUCUUAGAGAAGCAAAAAAAGCUCCUGUGGAUUGGGGCUGUCAGAAGGAUUUUGCUAACCCUAGUGUCACCUUUUGCUGUGAUAGCAUUUCUUUCAUUGGAUAGUGCCUUACAAGGACUCCACUCUGUGUCUGUCUCCAUAGGAUUCACAAGGGCUUUUAGAAUGGUAUGGCAGAAUACAGAGAACGCUUUAUUAGAGAGUGCUAUUGUGUCAGCUGUGCACAUGCUGAUAGCCGACACAGACUCAUGGUGGAACAGAAGCCUUGAUACAGGAAUAAGACUCUUAUUGGUUGGCAUCAUGUGGGAUCGUCUGAUUCAGUUCAUCUCUAAAUUGCGGUUUGCUGUGACUGUACUUUUGGCAUCAUGGACAGAAAAAAAACAGCAUCGCAAAACAACUACCACUUUGUGUGUACUCAACAUUGUCUUCUCACCAUUCGUGUUGGUUGUCAUCAUUUUGUCUACGCUACUGUCUUCUCCUUUGCUCCCCCUCUUCACCCUUCCUGUUUUCUUGGUGGGGUUUCCCCGUCCUGUUCAGAGUUGGCCAGGAGCAGUGGGCACUGCAGCUUGUGUGUGUGCAGACACGGUGUACUACUACCAGAUGGUCCCCAGGUUGACCGCUGCACUGCAGACCGCAAUGGCAGCUGGAGGUUUAGGUUUCCUCCUGCCUGGGUCUCAUUAUUUGGGCCGUUUUCAGGAUCGUUUAAUAUGGAUAAUGAUUCUAGAGCGUGGCUAUGCUUACUGCUAUAUUAAUAUUAAGGGGUUAGAGUUGCAGGAAACAUCCUGUCAUACUGCGGAAGCCCAAAGAGUUGAUGAAGUGUUCGAAAGUGCUUUUCAGCAAGAAUACCCAAAAGUAUGCUCCCUUAAUGAGCACUUUGGAAAUGUCUUGACACCGUGUACUGUUUUGCCUGUGAAAAUGUAUUCUGAUGCCAGGAAUGUUCUAUCUGGCAUAAUUGAUUCUCAUGAAAACUUGAAAGAAUUUAAAGAUGACCUUGUUAAAGUGCUUGUGUGGAUGCUUAUUCAGUACUGCUCGAAAAGACCCAGCCUACGGGAGAAUAUUCACAAAACUGAGACCAAAGGGGAACCCCCUCUAAUAAUCCUGCCUGCUUUGAGCACUUCACCCCCUAGAUCCCUGGAAGACACAGAUAGUUUAAAUUCAGACACUUUUGAUGAUUGGUCUGAUAAUAUCUUUGAUGAUGAGCCAACUAUCAAAAAGAGAAAAGAAGAAAAAAUGCAGUUCAAAGUUUUACCAAGUACAAAUUUGCCUAUUCCUGGGUCAGUCGACUCACAGAGUGUGGAUGGUCAUUCUACACACACAGUUCCUAAAAACGAUCUUUAUAGAACGAUUUUGUUGGGAUUCCCUGCCAUUGACAAGGGAAAGCGAGAAGACAUACCAUCCACCCCUCUCUUGGAGUUCACUUGUUCCCAUUCUCGGAUAUUGAGUUUACCUGAGGAGUGGCAGUCUAACAGUAUACUGAAUUCCAAAAUGAAGGAGAUGAGCUCCUUAUUUCCAGAAGACUGGUACCAGUUCGUUUUAAGGCACUUGGAAUGUUUUCACUCAGAAGAAAAGUCCUCAAGUAUACUGGACGAAAUUGCAAAGGAUAAAGUUUUAAAAAACUUGUAUGUUCAGACAGUAAUGACUUGUUAUUUUAGUUUAUUUGGAAUAGACAAUAUGACUCCUAGUCCUGGUCAGAUAUUAAGAGUUUACAAUGGUGUUUUGCCCUGGUCUAGUGCCUUGGAUUGGCUCACAGAAAAACCAGAACUGUUCCAGCUAGCUUUGAAAGCAUUCAGGUAUACUCUGAAACUAAUGGUUGAUAAAGCAAGUUUAGGUCCAAUAGAAGACUUUGAAGAACUGAACAACUGUCUUAAAGAAUAUGAAAGUAACUGGUACAUUGGUUUAGUAUCUGAUGAAAAGUGGAAGGAAGCAAUUUUAGAAGAAAAGCCAUGCUUGUUUUCCCUGGGGUAUGAUCCUAAUAUGGGAGUUUACACUGGAAGAGUACUGACACUUCAGGAAUUACUGAUUCACAUUGGGCAGUUGAAUGCAGAAGCUGUUCGAGGUCAGUGGGCCAACCUCUCGUGGGAACUGCUUUAUGCCACCAAUGAUGAUGAGGAGCGCUACAGUAUCCAAGCUCACCCACUACUUUUGAGGAACCUUACGGUACAAGCAGCUGAUCCUCCUUUAGGGUAUCCGAUUUUUUCUUCAAAACCCCUCCCUGUACAUUUGUACUAGAGUCCACUUUCACUCCUCAGUGUAAGGUCAUCAGAGGAGGUACUACCUGAAAAGUGACAAUGUACGUUUUGUCAUGUCACUGGACUUCCUUCUUGCCCCAGGGAUGCCUGAGGAAAACUAAGCUCCAUAGGAAUUGAUUCUUAGCCAUCUGAAUGACUUAACUACUCUGUGUCUAACAUAAAGUUAGAAGUAGUUGGCCAGUAUUUGUGCUCUACGAGUUCUAACAGGUUUUGGUAGCUAGAAUAAAACAUUUGCACAAGUUUAGAUAAUUUUUUACUGCUUUGUUAAAUGUUUGAUAUGUGAUGUAUCUUUUUAAAACAUCAACAGCUGUGUAAUUAUAUACUUAGAAGACAUGCAUAUCAGUGUUUUUAAAUAAUAAUAAUGGAUCCUUUUAAUGGUUAGCAUAACAUGUACAUAUAUUUAUUUGAAAUAUAAUUAUCUUUAGUAUUUUGAAAUGUUUGUACUGUUUUAACAUUUAACAUGAUCUGCAAAGUUCCAUAUACUGUAUUAAUUUUUUCAUAUACUUCAAUUUGGAAAAUAUAUACUCAUAAUAAAAU